AUGUAUCUCUCCGCUUGGGCAGUUAAAGAAAUUAACCUGGAUUUAGAGGUUGUAGAUGAAGCAAGACUUCAUCAGUUGAAUGAGUUAGAUGAGCUUCGACAUGAAGCAUAUGAGAAUCACAAGCUUUACAAGGAGCAGACAAAGAAAUUUAAUGACAAGAUUAUUGAGAAGCGCGAGUUUCAUGUUGGUGACAAAGUUCUACUAUACAAUUCUAGGCUAAGGCUUUCUCUUGAACAGCUUAAGUCAAAGUGGUCUGGACCUUUUGUUGUCACUAAUGUGAAGGCACAUGGAGCCGUUGAAGUGGCUAAAUCAGCGGGGACGAAGUUUAAAGUGAAUGGUCAGCGUCUCAAAUUGUACUAUAAGGGCGCUUUCAUAUGCCAAGUGGAGAUUAUCUACUUCGAUGAUGCCCCACUUUGA